AUCCCAACAGGACCGUGUCCCACAGCUGUACCCUCCGUUCAUGCGGAUCGACAUUUCCUGCCUCCCAGCAUUUCCCUGAGCCCUGAGGAAUGUGUGGAGAUAGGGACCAAUGUCACCAUCCAGUGCUGGAACAAGGACUAUGGGGCCACCUUCCUCCUGCACAAGGACGGCUGCUCAGCCCCCAUCCAGCGCCAGCACCUCCAUGUGGUGGGCACAGCCACCUUCACCAUCUUUGGGGUGACCCCAGCUGACAGCGGCACCUACAGGUGCUCCUACCGCCCCUGGGCUUACCCCUUUGUGUCCUCACCCCUUGGCAAUAACGUGACUCUGGAGGUGACUCCCACACCUGCACCCCCAGGUGCUGCAGACAGUUCCCAUGGGAACCCGGUGGUGGCAGUGGCUGGGGGCUGCACUGCUGCCUUUGUCUUCAUCCUCAUCUUGUCGUCUUCCGCCUCCUUGCUGCCCGCAGAUGUCGGAUACGGAGAG